AAUCACUCAGUUUGACUGCGCCCCUGCCUCUGGUCAGCAGCAGCAGCAGCAGCAGCAGCAGCAGUGUGUUUUGGUCCUCCGGCUGAGGUGCAGAGAUGCCUCCCAAGUCCGUUAAACGCGCUAUAACGGAAGCGCUGGAUGACUUGUCCGAGGAGCAAGUUGAGAGGUUCUGCUCCGCGAUCCGGGACCGCAAGGAAGAGCCGCGGGUCAGAAAGGCGGAUCUGGACGGAAAAAGAAAUCCAGCAAUCGCAGAUGUCCUGGUUCAGUUCUACACUGAAGUCAAAGCUAAAGAGGUGGCUCUGGAGGCGCUGGGGGAGAUUGGCUGCAACCAGCAAAAAAAGAGCCUCGCUGAGGAGUUCGGUGAGGCUUCAGUGGCACCUGUUUCCAGGUACGGAAACAUCAUGUUGGUGGAAACUACCGGUGCCUCACAACAAACAGCUCAGCAGGACAAGCUGAAAUACUCAGGUGUGAAGGCGUCAUACGCCAUGGCUGAGACUGAUCUGGUGGAGAUGAACAAAUUCAAAACCAUCAUCCAAAAUGCGGCUCGUCAGAAAGGACUUGAUCCAGCUCUCAUUGCUGCACUCAUUUCCAGGUCAUGCAGGGCUGGAAAGACACUGACGGCAGGCAAGGGGUGCUAUGACGAGAAGAGAAAAGCCUAUAAUACCUACGGGCUGAUGCAGAUUGAUAUCAAUCCAAAAGGAGGUGGACACAUCCCAAAAGGCGAAUGGGACAGUGAGGAACACCUCUGCCAAGCCAUUGACAUCCUGCUGUAUUUCAUGUUACGCAUCAAGCAUGUAUUUCCAGACUGGACCAAGGAGCAGCAGCUGAAAGGUGGGAUAGCAGCCUACCAUGCAGGGGAUGGGAACAUCCACUCCUAUGAAGACGUGGACGCCAACACCUGGGGCGGAGAUUACUCCAACGAUGUUGUUGCCAGGGCUCAGUGGUACAAAAGCGAGGGUGGCUUUUAAGCAGGCGCCCCAUGUACAAGGCUGUUGCCACAGCGGCCUGGAUUCGACUCCAGCCUGUGGCCCUUUGCUGCAUGUCACUCCGUCUCUCUCCCCCUUUCACACUUGUCUGUCCUAUCUAUUAAAGGCUAAAAAUGCCCCAAGAAAUAUCUUAAAAAAAAAAAAAGAAAAAAAAAAAUUCUAGUCGUCGUCAUUUCUUAUAAACUUUUCAGCAACUGCAGCUCAACAGAAUCAUCCAAAACAUUUGUCUAAACAGUUAAAAUGAUUGAUUACAUAAAUUAGCAUAUCAUUGUAAUCAUAUGUGUCAAUGUGUUUUAAAUACAUUUACGAAUUGUUUUAAACUUGACUGUUAAUAAUUUGUACAUGUAUAUAAAUGGUCAAUAAAUGCUUUACAGCACACUUUGA